AUGCGCGCCGGAGCUGAGAAAGAGAGAGCGCUGCAGGAGCGGGAUGAGAUGUUACCAGGAAUUGGUUUUGUUCUCCUGGUCCUACCAUGUGUUUUAUCAAGAGAUGUUUAUAUAACAACCCAUGGUGGGGUUUGCACAUCCCCAUGUUCUAAUAACGGUGAAUCAUAUUACUGGUGCUGGCAAAAGGGCUAUAAAGGUGACUGGGACUACUGUUCCGCAACAGAUCAAUGGGAUUACCAAGGUAAUAUAUGUCAGUCACCCUGUAAAUCUGAUGGUUCCAGCUAUACAUGGUGCAGAACUUACAAUAGUUGGGGCUACUGUGGAUAUAUCACAGAAGAGUUUGAGACACAUUAUACAAGAUAUGAACAGGCGUGUGUAACUGACUGUGAUAAACGUGGUGACUAUUUUCAAUGUAUAGAUUCUCAAGGUGAAAAUGAGUAUUGUUCUCCAUCCUUUGAUGUGACUAUAAAAGGAGAGCCAUGUCGUAAAGAUCACCUUUGUGGUUCCUACGGGAAAUCUUAUUUUUGGUGUUACACAGAUGAAUCUAAUAACUGGGAUUACUGUGGAAAAAUAACUAGUGAUUGUAAAGACACUUUUCAUUUUUCACAUCGAAAAAAACGUCAAACUGAAGAGGAGGUCUGCAGAGUUGAAGACCGUGGAAACAGACGCGUGACAAUUCUUAUAGCAUAUCAAGAAUCCAGAUUUCGUCAACCAACUCGAAAUCAAUUUAUGGAGGCUUCCCAUGUUAUCAACAUGAUAACUACCAAUACUGUCUUUACUUCUAGCGCUGGCACAAUGUUUACCUACGAUUCUGUAAGACUUGAUAUGCAAGGUACUUUUAUGCAUGAAGGUGUGAGGUAUGUUAACCUGCAAGUACAAUUAAAUGGUCAAAGACAAGGCCAAUCAAGUGUUUGCCAAGCAUGUUUCCCUUUAGAUUUGGAUGUUAGCCGUUAUUUUAGAUAUAUAAGAAGGGCCCUACAAACUAGCUUGCGGGGUGUUUACCAUGGAGAUCCAGUGAGAGUUUUUAUAUUCAUCCAAGAUAUAUAAAAAUUAUUUGUAGAAUGAGACAUAAACUUCUGCUUCUGAGACUUUGUCACAAUAUUUGACAGUAAACCAGUGCUGACACAGAGGCUUUGUAAUCAUGUGCAAAAUCAGUUA